AGUGUGUCGCGUCUGCCCGACCGCCGUCGCCCGCCGACCGCGCCGGCUGCCUGCCGACGAGGGCUGUGCAGUAGAGCUGCGCAGAGAGCGCCCCAGGUCCCGACCGGCCGCCGUUGACGUCACAACGGCGCCCCGCCCCCUCCCCACGCCCGGCCCGCCGGCAUCACGCGCCGGACGCAGUGAGUGAGUCCGCGCGGCGGGUCCGGCGGCGCCCCGAGACGACCGGCGACGCGGCGGCCAGGUGGAUGCGCCCGGCUCCUGACGUCCACCAUGCUGGCGGCUCUGAUCGUCGUGACAGGUGUCUGCUUCACUAGUCCGGUCGGCGUGCAGGGCUCGCUGUUCUCGAGUCGCCCCUUCUCGCCCUCGCCGUCGUCCACGCACGCCGGGGAGUUCCGGCUGUUCUCCCACCCCGGCCUGGAGGCGUACGACGAGAGCAAUGACGCCGAGAUCUUCCGCAGCGUGAUGAGCACCAUGCGGGACUACGCCCUACGACGCGGCACUCACAAACACCGCCGACGCUGGAAACGUGAUGAAGAAGUGGUCUGCUACAAGGAACUGGGCUGCUUCCGUGACAGCGGACCGUUCGACUACCUGGACAUGCUGCCGUCGCCUCCGGAAGAGAUCGGCACUACGUUCAUGCUGUACGGCCGCAAGAGCCCGGACCUAGCGCAGACGGCCACCUACAAGUCAGGCAAGCUGGACAUCAGCGCCUUCAACGGCUCGCUUCCCACCAAGAUCAUCAUCCACGGCUUCGGCAGCAGCUGCAACCGCGUCUGGGCCCACGAGAUGCGGCAGGCACUGCUGACCACGCUGGACUGUAACGUCAUCUGCGUCCACUGGGACCGGGGCGCGGCCACGCCCAACUACAUGCGCGCGGCGGUCAACACGCGCCUGGUUGGCCGCCAGGUGGCCAUCCUCAUCAAACAGCUGGUGAACAGGUUCGGCGCCUCGCUGGACAACAUGCACCUGAUUGGGUUCUCACUGGGCGCCCACGUCUCUGGAUUCGCUGGCCAGGAACUCGGAGGCAACAUCAGUCGCAUCACAGGCCUGGACCCGGCCGGGCCGCUGUUCGAAGGCUACUCGCCUUCGGCUCGUCUGGACGCCACAGACGCCCACUUCGUCGACGUCAUCCACUCGAACGGCGACUCGCUGCUGAAGGGCGGCCUCGGCACGUCAGAACAGCUUGGCCACGUCGACUUCUACCCCAACGGCGGCCGCAUGCAGAAGGGCUGCACCAACCUCUUCAUCGGGGCCUUCAGUGACCUCAUUUGGUCCGGUCCGGGUGACGGCCGCUCGCUCUGCAACCACCGGCGCUCGUACCGCUUCUUCAUCGACUCGAUCUCGCCACUCUGCACGUUUCCGGCGGUGCCGUGUGACAGCUACGAGAGCCUGCUGGCCGGCGACUGCUUCCCCUGCGGCGGCAGCAACGUCUGCGGCCAGAUGGGCUACUACGCCGACCGGUCCAGCGCGCGCGGCAAGCUGUUCCUGGUGACGCGCGAGGAGGAGCCGUUCUGUGCUAACCAGCACCGUGUCAUGGUGAGCGGCCAGAACGGUCCCGACGGACAGACGUACGGCCGCGUCGACGUCACGCUGGUCUCCAGCAACGGCGUCAACGAGACCUUCCCGCUCACCAACGGGGACGGUGACGAAAUUGGCCGGCCGCUGGUGCGCAUGCUGGUGGCCCACCCGGCCAUCCGGCACAUCGGCCAGCUCCAGCUCCGCUACACCGCCUACAACGGCUGGCUCUACACCGGCGCCGACAGCUGGACCAUCGACAAGGUGGCCAUCGUCAACAGCUUCGGCAGCACCAUGUCCUACUGCCAGCGGAACAUGGUGCUACCCAACGGGAAGCCGGUGGUGCUGAACCUGCGGCCGGGCAACUGCCGCGUCUCCUCCUUCCGGCCCAACCCGAGCUUCUGGAACUCACCGCCGCCGCCUCUGCCGCCCGCCAGCGUCGCGGAGACGAUCCCGGAGCCGCCACCGCUGGACGAGAUCAGCUCCAACCACGUGCGCAGUUUCGGCGGUGGUAGCGCCGGACCCAAACGGGUGUUCGGAAGUCCGUUCUCGCAGCGACUGCCGACCACCGACGCCACGCCGCCCAGUGCAGAGCCGUUCGUCAACAUCGAGCUGAUCUCGGAAUCCGGGCAGGACAAGCCGGCCGACGAGCCGACGGGCCGGCCGGGUGAGCCGACCGCCAACCCAGCCGACGAGCCGGCCACACGCUCCUCGGAGCCGGAGCCGACGGGCGCGGGCGAGACUACCAAAGCGGCCGCGGACGCCAAGCCGGUGCGCGGCCCGGACGACCUGGGCGUGAUCGUGAUCCAGGGGGUGCGCAGCGGCUUCCUGCGCCACCUGUUCUCGUCCUGGGAGAGCCCGGAGACGCGCUACAUUCCGCUGCACGAGGGCCGCCGCGAGGGCUUCCGAUCCGGCUGA